AUGCGCUGGACGGCAUCGCCUCGGCCCGGCGCCAGGAAUCUUCUGUAUCUCAAACACGCGAGGAGAAGACCAUGCCAGAGGCUGGGGAGGCCACCCUUCCUGGGCCGGGUCCGCGGCGAAGCCCCUCCAGACGAUGGGACUUUGACGUUUGCUCUGCUCCACAGGAUGGAGACGGGGCGCACAUGCGCACUGGUUUUUCUCUUCAUCUGGUGUGGAGGCCUUACCCUGACUGUCAUCGUCAUGGCAACAAUGUUAACAACAUUGAACCAACAGCAAACUCAGGUAGUAGUCUCCACACUCCAGCCGACGAUGAACCCGUCAGUUUCGUCUUCUCCCGUGUAUGUCCAACCAGGAAAGAGGACGUCUUCCGCCGUGACCUACAUCCAACUCAGUGCUACGUGUCAGACCUGCUGGGUUCAGGACUCAGACUUGUCUGAGGACCUGUCCUGUGGCUCCCAUUGUCCGCUCUAUGGUCUCAACGGCUCCAUCCACUGCAGACAGGAAGGACUGUACUGGCUUUACGUUCACGUCUCCUUCGUCAAACAGAACAGUCAAACAGAACCCCGAACCGUCACCGUGAAGAAAAACGCUGUCCCAGGCAUGGUUAUGUCCCGAGAGUUGAUCAAGGUCACGGUGCCGGCAUCUCAACAGACUGUUUUUAUGAUGAAAAUAUUGGCCAUGACUCAUCCUAGUCACCACCUGAACUUUGGCAUGAACCCGGACCACGCCCGGAACUCUCUGUCCAACUGUGGCAUCCGACAGCCCAAGUACGGGGACCGCAAGGUGCACCACAUGUACAUGAGGAAGAAAGGCAUAAACACACUGAUUAACAUCAUGUCCCGACUGGGCCAGGACGACCCCUCCCCCUCCAGAAUCAACCACAACGAGAGACUGGAGUUUUUGGGCGACGCUGUGGUGGAGUUUCUGACCAGUGUGCACCUGUAUUACCUGUUCCCCAGUCUGGAGGAGGGAGGGCUGGCCACCUACAGAACAGCCAUCGUUCAGAACCAGCACCUGGCCAUGCUCGCCAAGAAGCUGGAGUUGGAUCGUUUCAUGCUCUACGCUCACGGCCCCGACCUGUGCCGAGAGUCCGACCUGCGGCACGCCAUGGCUAACUGCUUUGAGGCCCUCAUUGGAGGCGUGUGUCAGCUCGCCCCCCCACAGCGAGGCCUCUCUUUGGGACUCAAAGCUUUGUGCUCCCCCGCCUCCCCCAUCUCCCCUGUCUCCCCCCGUCUCCCCCAUCUCCCGGAGCGAGAGCAGAUCAACGCAUUCAAAGUCACUUUCUACUGUCUCGGUGUAAAAACAUCAGGACUCUGUGAGAAAGCUUCGAUAUAA